AAACGUAUACGUCAAUGCGAAGAAAGCUGCACUGGUCUGGGGUUGCAUGAAAAAGAAGGGAGGGUGGAGUGGAAUACGCUUUAAUGUCACAUGAUCCAACUCUAUAUUAUCCGUAGUGGUUUACGUUUAAAUUAGCUGUAUAUUUUUUAUACACAUAUGGAGCGAAUUUGCAAUGUCUGUGUUGACUGAACACGGGUCGGUGCCCUACAGUCGGAAUUUCAACUCGUCGAGGUGAAAUGACAGUGUAUGCCCCGCAUCAUGUCUUUCGAGAGCCCAAGGACUUCAGUGUUUACGUUCCAGUCCUCGGUGCACAGCUCACAUGUGCUCCGCUGUCUGGACGAGCAGAGGCAGAACGACGUUCUGUGUGACGUGACGGUGGUGGUGGAGAACAAGAGCUAUCGCGCCCACCGCUCCGUGCUGGCCUCCUGCAGCGACUACUUCCACAACAGAGUCACCAGCCAUGCCGGCCAAGGUCUGGUCAUUACACUGCCUGACGAGGUGACAGCAGAAGGGUUUGAUGCACUGCUCCAGUUUGCCUACACUGCAAAACUCUUCUUUACCAAAGAAAACAUUCUGGAGAUACACAACUGUGCAACCGUUUUGGGCUUUCACAACUUGGAAAAAGCCUGCUUCGACUUCCUCAUCCCAAAGUUCUUUGACAGCGGCAAAAGGCUACAUGAAAUCCAGCGAAAGGUGUGCUGCAAGACUAAGUGCUGUAAGCAGAAAUCCCCGCGGGCAAACCCCCGCAGUAAUUUAGACGAGGCUGAAAAUGGAGAGGAUCACAGUGGUGCCAAAUCGCCGGACGCCACUCUGAGGAAGAAUCGUGAUGAGACGCAAUGCCCAAGUGCCAAAGUCACAUCAGAACUAACUGAGGCCUGUGGCCCCAACUGUUUAGAAAAGGAUGUGCAAACAGACUAUUCCCUGCUUUGUCCAAAGUACCGCAAGUUCCAGAUGGCUUAUGGGAAGGACCGUUUCUGUUUGGAGGACUACGGCUCACAAAUGUCCCCACUCUCCCCGGCACUAACCAGUGAAGGAUGCGCCUCUCCCUGUGUGCCGUGCACCAGUAAUGAAAACAAUGACCCAAGCAGAAACCUCUGUGCCAGGCAUGUGCCGGAAACGGGCAGCGUGUGUGAGAAAGAGGCCACCCCAGCAGCAACCUGUCUGCAGUGCUCGUCAGCCGCAUCUGAAAAUUCUAACGCCACUGGAUUGGGAGGGACAUCAGAUUUAGGCUGCAGUCAACCUGUGGAGUUGCCAGUGGCUGCGUCUGAUUGUUGUGCAGUGGGUCCCGUUGAAGCACAUCCUCUGAACAGCAGUGUAGCAGCAGAGGGGGGUGAAGUCAUGGGUCAGGCUGGGAAUGAGGGGACAAUGGACUUUGAGGCUUCGGAUUCUGCCCUUUCUAGUCUGGUCCAAAAGGAGGGAGGGGGAGACAGGACCAGCGUGGAGAGGGAGGUGGCUGAGCACCUGGCUAAGGGGUUCUGGCCGGAUCCGUGUCCGUCACAGGCAGAAACCUUUCUCCUGCAUCCAGAGGGACAGUCUGUGCUGGGGAAGGCUACUGACUUCCACUGGCUGAAGCAGCUGGAUUUGAGUUCCAGCACAGGGGAUUGUCCCUUUUUGAGGGAGCUGGGGGAGGAGGUGCAGCUCCCUGAGUGUGAAGGGGUGUCUCAGCCAGAAAAGAGUCCCUACAUUUCCUCCAUCAACUCGGGGGAUGACUCUGACUGUGACACAGAAGGGGACAGCGAAGCCUACAACAUUGAGAGAGCUCGUGAGGUACAGCUGCCCUUCCCAGUGGAGCAGAUCUCGUCUCUGAGCCGGAACGACUUCCAGCACACGCUGCGGCUGCAUAACCUGACCCGAGAGCAGCUGGACUUCGUACACGACGUGAGGCGGCGUAGCAAGAACCGCAUCGCCGCCCGCCGCUGCCGCAAGAGGAAACUGGACUGCAUCCUCAACCUGGAGUGUGAGAUCGACAAGCUGAAGAGUGAGAAGGAGAAACUGAUGCAGGAGCAGAACCAGCUGAAACUUCGCAAGGGGGAGACCCUGCAGAGCCUGACAGCGCUAUGUCACAAGGUCUGCAGCGAGGCCACGCUGUCACCAGACCAGCUGGAGUUCCUGGCCAAGUUCUCCUCACCAGACUGCCCCGCAUCAGUGCUCAUGACCCCCUCACCCUCUCCUAACCUCAGCAUCCAGGACCAAGCCCCCCCCACGGGCGUCUCCAUGGACGCCUGUCCUUCUGAGGAUCCCUCCCCAGGUGAGACUCUCCCCACCCCGCAACCUGCUCUCCCUUCGGAGUCCUCCCCAGCUCCCCCUCUCCUGGAGACUGCAGACUGCCCCGCCACAGAGCUGUGUGACCCCUGUCCCAUUGUGGAUAUUUCUCUUGACGUGAACAGCCAGUGCCCUGCACAGGAGGAGUCGAACACUACUCCACCCUUUAUAUUUGAUUAAAUGACAUGUCUGCAAGUAAUCCACUAAUCAACAUCAUUUCAAACACUCAGCCCUAAUUAUACAGUACAGUGCAUUUAGUGUUAUUUUAAAAUCAUGUACAUGCAUAUAUAUAUAUGUUUAAUUGCAUACACAGUAUGAAUAUGCUUUUAAUGUUGAAAAUGCAAUUCCUUUACA